CCGUUGCCGGGACACCGCGUAAACACGAGAGCGUGCGCAGCCGGGAGCCGCUACUUCGCGCCGCUGGAGACUGCGUUUGCCUGGAGAGGUGGUGGCCACUGGAGCCAGAGAGGGGCGUUUUUCGUCGCCUAGGAUGGCUUCCAAAAGGAGAACUUUGAGCUUUAGUGAAAGGCAUCAGAAAUCGGUAGAUGAAAACUACCACAGAAAAUUGCAUGUCCAAGCACUACAAAACAUAAGCAGUCAAAUCAGGAAUCAAAUGGUGCGGAAUAAAAAUGAUAACGAUGUUGAACACAAGAGAUUCCUCAGAUUAUUACAAGAUGAACAAUUUGAGUUGGAUAUGGAAGAGGCCAUUCAAAAGGCAGAAGAAAACAAGAGAUUGCGAGAACUCCAGCUUGAACAAGAAGAAAAACUGGCUAUGGAAUUGGCAAAACUAAAACACGAAAAUCUAAAGGAUGAAAAGAUGAGGCAACAAGUAAGAGAAAACAGCAUUGAGCUCAGAGAAUUGGAGAAGAAAUUAAAAGCAGCUUAUAUGAAUAAAGAAAGGGCAGCUCAGAUUGCUGAAAAGGAUGCCAUUAAAUAUGAGCAAAUGAAACGUGAUGCCGAAAUAGCCAGAACUAUGAUGGAAGAACAUGAAAGAGUAAUAAAGGAAGAGAACGCUGCAGAAGACAAACGAAACAAAGUAAAAGCACAGUAUUAUCUUGACUUGGAGAAACAACUUGAAGAACAAGAAAAAAAAAAGCAGGAAGCUUAUGAGCAGUUGCUGAAAGAGAAACUCAUGAUUGAUGAAAUUGUUAGGAAAAUCUAUGAAGAAGAUCAACUGGAAAGACAACAAAAGUUAGAAAAAAUGCAUACAACUCGAAGGUAUAUAGAAGAGUUUCAGAAAGAGCAGGCUCUCUGGAGAAAAAAGAAACGUGAGGAGAUGGAAGAAGAAAACAGAAAAAUCAUAGAGUUUGCCAACUUGCAGCAGCAAAGAGAAGAAGAUCGGAUGGCCAAAGUUCAAGAAAGUGAGGAAAAAAGGCUGCAGCUUCAGAACGCGCUGACUCAGAAAUUGGAAGAAAUGCUGCGGCAACAUGAAGAUUUGGAACAAGUACGACAAGAAUUAUACCAGGAAGAACAAGCCGAAAUGUAUAGAAGGAAAAUAAAAGAAGAAGCAGAAGAGAAAUUGAGAAAGCAAAAAGCGAUGAAGCAAGAUUUUGAAGAACAAAUGGCCCUGAAGGAAUUAGUGCUACAGGCUGCAAAAGAGGAAGAGGAGAUCUUUAGAAAAACCAUGCUAGCUAAACUUGCUGAGGAUGAUCGAAUAGAAUUAAUGAAUGCUCAGAAACAAAGAAUGAAGCAGCUGGAACACAGGAAGGCUGUGGAAAAACUUAUUGAGGAGCGUCGCAACCAGUUUCUUGCAGACAAACAACGUGAAUUGGAAGAAUGGCAGUUGCAGCAGAAAAGACAAGGAUGUAUUAAUGCAAUUAUUGAAGAAGAAAGGCUAAAACUUCUCAAAGAGCAUGCUACAAAAUUACUAGGCUAUCUCCCUAAAGGAGUAUUUAAAAAAGAGGAUGAUAUUGAUCUGCUUGGUGAAGAGUUCAGGAAAGCAUAUCAGAAAAGGAGUGAAAUUUGUGAAGAGAAGUAAUAUCUCAAGAUUGGGUAAAAUCUGGAUCUUUUGUAUGUUACCACUAGAUGUCAGCAUAACUUUUAAUAGUUCAGCGACAGGAUUCCAUUGUCUAAAACAUUACUGAAUUUCAUAAUUUGUAAGGAGUUAUGAAUAUUUACAAAAUUAAUUUUAGUCGCUUAUUUUUGUACUGAUAAUUUGAAAAUCUGAAUUCUGUAAUACCACAUUACA